CUUCUUCUCUUCUUAUCGUUACUACUACUACUGCUUUUCUCUUCUUCUGUGCCUUCUCCCUGACCUUCACAGCAGCAUCCUGUCACAGUAACAAUGCCGUCGGAAAAAUUUAAACGCUCGACUUCGUUUCGCCACGCCGCAAAGAGCUUCUUUGGUAACUUCAGCGCCGUGUCCCCGUAUUCAUUUGGACUGUCAUUGUCUCCCAAUACAUUCACUCUACUCGAAGACAACGACGCUGCCUCACAAGCUGACCGACGCUCGGCUCAUAAUGCUUUGGAACGUCAACGCCGAGAAAACCUGAACGUCAAGUUCCAGGAACUUGCUCAUGCUUUGCCAUCCUUGCAAACUGUCCGACGUCCAAGCAAGACCAUGAUUGUUGCAAAGUCGCUCGAGUUUGUUGCCAACAGCCUUAGUCGCGAGUCCAACUACCAAAACGAAAUCACUGAUCUGCGCAAACAAAACGAACGACUUCGAAAGCAAGCCUCGACCCUUUCUUCCGGUCAGCCCAAACGACGCAGUCCAUUGUCUACGCCACCUCAAACAAACGCAUCGUCACCUUCGUCGUUGCCUUCGCCACCUAUCACGCAAAAACCACUACAGCAGCAACCAGUAACCACUACUGCUACGACUGCUGCUACGACGCAACACGUUCUAGCACCCCAAUACGCACAAGAACAGGGAAAGAAGCCCACUCGGCAGCAACUAGAGAAGGAUAUACUUUUCUAUCAAAAUCAACAACAAAAACAGCAAGAGCAUGAGCAACAACAACAACAGUAUCAGGUAGAGGAUCCACUUAUCUCUGCUGCUGCCGACUACCAAAGCUGGAUUGCAGCUACCACCAUGCCCGAAAGAGAUUACUGUCUCUACGACAGUGAUCCCGCCUUGAUGGCGCCAUCAUUUAUGUAUCAGCGCGAUCCGUUGUUGACAACGGUGCCGCCUCCUUAUUACUACGAACAAGCUAUGUCUAUGAAUCCAGCCAUGAUCUUUACCUCUACAGCACCAGCACACGCACCGCCAGUAGCACCAGCAUCCAUGGAAGCCUAUCAUCACUCUAUUGUGAGCGGCGGCCCUGCAGGCAAUAUCCUCGUCUGAAAGUGAAGGCAGAAAACAAAACAAAAAGAACCCUCUUUUCUUCUUUAUUAUACCAUACUUCAGUUGUAAAUACUUCUUUUUCUUUAACUUUGCGCGCCACUUUACUCUUUCUUUCUGUCACGAGUAGCUAGUAAAUCCGUGUACUUACCACUUUAUAGUCACUUAUAAUUAUGCCCCCUCCCCCACCUUUUGCCUUUUUGAUCUCUUUCUCUCUCUCUAGCUACAUCAUUCGCUUAUAAUAAUAACAUAUGCGUGCAACGCACGCUUAUGAUCACG